AUGUCGAUUUACAGCCCUUCUUAUGCUGGCCACGUAUACGCGGCAUCCGGAUAUCGCCAGAUGGUGUCAUCGAUCCGUGGAGAGAAGCGACGAGCUGACUGGGCUUUGAUCGAAGUACCAAAGACAAGGCAUUCCAACAACUCGCUCUUGACAUACGGAAGGAUAGGUCGCUACAUUAACAACCUGGGCCUGCAGCCCUUCCCAGGCAUCUCUGAGGAGAAUACACAAGUCUAUAAGCUAGGGCGGUCCACCAGAAGGACAAAAGGAAACUUCUCUGGUUUGAGGUGUGCUCUUCUAGACACGUCCCAUGAUAGAGGCGGUGCGCCAGAGGUGAAAUCCCUCGAGCACGCUGUGACCGGGUCUUCGGGCUGGCUCUUCUCAGGUCCGGGAGACUCGGGUGCCUUGGCUUUGAUGGUUAUGCUAAUUGUAUUGGAAUGGUUAUUUCCUGGAAUACAAUUUCAAGGGUCUCCUAUGUGA